UUUUAUCCGUUGAAGCUUGAAAACUCCUCUGUGUGUGUGUGUGUGUGUGUGUUUUUUUUCCUUUCAUUUCUCUUUAAAGCACAAAAACCCCUUAGUUCCCUAACUUUUCCCUUCUAUCUGAUCUCUAUUUCUGCAAACAUUUCCUUCAACUUUCCCGAGAAAAUUCUAUCCCUCGCCGGAACCAAUGCCAGUCACCGGCGAAACCGAUGAUGGCAACAAUAACCACUCUAUAUCUCACAUUCUUUCAUACAAAACGCCCCUGUUCAACCUUAAGCUCUACUUAGUAAUCUCAAUCUUCCUGGCCUUUUUUCUUCUUCUAUUCUCUUUUACGAUCUUCCUCUGUUGCCGUUUAAACAGAAAUGCCCGGAAACGGAAAGUGAAGCAUAGCUCAGGUCUGAUUCCGUUGGUCUCCAAAGAGAUUGUGGAGAUCAAGGCGUUGGAUCAACAUGCCGAUUGCUUUAGAGACGAGGGCAAGAUCGGAAUCCUGGUUCCCAAGAAGAGUAACGAAGGUGUCGUCGACGAUGCCUCCGGAGCUAGUGACGUGUCAGGGGAUGCUCAGAAUAUCGGGUGGGGUCGAUGGUAUAGCAUGAGGGAGCUGGAGAUGGCGACUCGUGGAUUCGCCGAAGAGAAUGUGAUCGGUGAAGGUGGUUACGGUAUCGUUUUCAAAGGCAUUUUGCAAGAUGGUUCGGUCGUUGCUGUAAAAAAUCUGCUUAAUAACAAGGGCCAAGCAGAAAAGGAGUUCACCGUAGAAGUUGAAGCCAUUGGCAAAGUGAGGCAUAAGAACUUGGUAGGAUUAGUUGGGUACUGCGCUGAAGGUGCUCGAAGGAUGCUUGUGUAUGAAUACGUCGACAAUGGGAACUUGGAGCAGUGGUUACAUGGCGAUGUAGGUCCUGUUAGUCCGCUUACCUGGGAUAUAAGAAUGAAGAUUGCGAUAGGAACGGCAAAAGGGUUAGCCUAUUUACAUGAAGGGCUGGAACCUAAAGUUGUCCAUCGGGAUGUAAAAUCGAGUAAUAUUCUUCUUGACAAAAAGUGGAACCCAAAAGUAUCAGAUUUUGGACUAGCCAAGCUCUUAGGAUCUGAAGCUAGCUAUGUGACGACUCGUGUUAUGGGAACAUUCGGUUAUGUAUCUCCGGAAUAUGCAAGCACAGGUAUGCUUAACGAGGGAAGUGAUGUCUAUAGUUUUGGAGUUCUACUCAUGGAGAUAAUUACAGGGAGAAGCCCAAUUGAUUAUUCUAGGCCACCUGGAGAGAUGAACUUAGUUGAUUGGUUCAAAGGUAUGGUAGCGAGUCGUCAUGGAGAAGAGAUUGUGGACCCAUUGAUUGAAGUUCAACCCUCACCUAGAGCUUUGAAACGAGCAUUGCUUGUUUGUCUCCGCUGUAUAGAUAUGGAUGCCAAUAAGCGCCCAAAAAUGGGGCAGAUUGUUCAUAUGCUUGAGGCAGAUGAUUUUCCUUUCCGCACUGAGCACCGACAGGCACGGGAGAGAGAUACUGUUCCACCCUCUGUGCCGAAAGCUGGUCAUCCGAAGCGUUUCGACAAUGUUGACAUAGAGAAAUCAAGAUGGAGAUAAGUUAUUGUUUGUUAAAAGGCAUUACGAUUGAUGGUUCCUGAGGUCAGCUUAUGUUGUAGAAUAAGUUUUAUAUGAAAAGAUCUUACACACCUGGGAUGUGCAUACGCAUAUACAUAUAUAUAAUCUUUCUUACAUUGUUGUUGAUACACUGCAGCGUUUUAGAAGUCAAGGAGCCUUGUAAAUAUGUAGUUGCCAUUUUUAAUAUUUGAUAUUAUAGAUUAUACCAGUCUGUUUAAGUGCA